AUGAGGAGAAGGCCCCUGGACCCUUCCCCUCAAAUCUAUUCACAUUCUCGGACGAGAACGACUUCCUCCAACGUGUUUCCAAAUCAGAUACACGCACCCACGCCAAUGCAUCUCCAACAACCUCCGCCCGGCCCCGGCUUGGGCCACCAACGCCGCUCGCCUUCCGUCAACACCUUCAGCACUGUCUCGACGAACCCUCCUCCUCCCGCCGCCUUUCGCACUUCUCCAACCCAGAGCGAAAUCCGCCGAAGCACAUCCUCACGCUCCGGCGGCGGGGCCCCCAACAGUUAUGUCGCCCUGCUUAGGAAACAAAAGGCCACAGUCUGGUGCGAUCGGGCACAAUAUGAAGACCCGAGGAUGCUGGCUCAGCAGAAGGCCGCCAAACAACGGGCGACCAUGGAGGUCGUAGGCGGCACCGGAGCAGUGCGGACCUCCACCGGCCUCGGCAGCGCUGGAAAGGUAGCCGCCAAAAUCAGACAUCACGGCAAGCCCGGGGUUGUGGGCUACACUCCAGAAAACAAUUAUAUCGGUGUAGGCGGCGUGCCCAUGCGCCUCAGCGCGACUGAGGUGGAGGGCGAGGACAGCGACGACGACGACGUGACUAUGCAGCGCUUGCAUCACCGUAGAACGGGGAGCAGUGGACGCAGCAGUACCGCCAGUGGUCGCCGCGGUAUCCCUUAUCGGACGUCUGGAAGCAUAACCAAGAAAUGGAGCCCAGGUGACACACCGGAAAGGGCGGGCAGCCUGGUCGAGCAGCCUGAAUACCAGGUUGGCGACGAUCGUCUGUUGAAUCGAGCUGAGAGCACUCGCAGCGGGAGCAGCGGUGAACGAGCCGACACGCUACCUGAACUGAACGUGCCCAGUACCGCUGCUGCCAAGCUUGCUAGCAACAGCCUGCUGAAUGCUGCUCUGACGAGGGAGAAGAGCGUCAAGAAUCCCGAGGAGUUGCGGCGGAGAGGAAGUGUGGAUGAGCGGACCGCGACGCUGACCAGCACUCGCCUGUUCAUCGCCAACCCUGACUAA